AUAGUUGACAGAUUUUCCAGUUUUUUAAAUCACUUCAUUUAUGACAAUUUAAUUUAACAUUUUGGAAGGCAUUUAGCAUAGCUUUAAUUGAACGAUUACUUAAAAAGUCAUGAAAAUGACGUUCGCUUUGAACCACUUCCAUUUUUUUUUGCUGGGUAUAAAUGUAAACUAAUUAAAAAUAAGUGUAGUGCAAAGAUAAAUAUUAAAAUGAAGCUACAAGUGAGUCGUCAAUUGACGGACGAACUUAAGCAAAAGCAGACUAUAACAAAUAGUCUAAUAAAUAAAAUAUUAUAUUCAAAAAGAUUGCUGGUCGAUCAUGUUGAAGCGUUAGAGCAAUGUAUGCUUUUUAUGCAAGAUACUCCUUUACCGACAACCGCAGCAGCAGCAGCUAGUAAAAGUCAUGAUAAAUGCGAUGGCAAAGACAAGUGCAUUAAUAAGCAACAGGAAAUAUGUUGGCCAGAAAUAUUUACUGCACGCAAUGCUUGUAUCUUAUUGGGUAGUACUAUUUUGGAGCAUCUUAUAACACCACGUGCUUUUCGUUUAACUUUAAUACCCUCCUUUAUCGUGACCGGAGGCUUUAGUGCCUUGUAUGUGGUAAAGAAUGUAUUUGGUUUUCGCAAUAAAUACGUUGAAAGAGAGCUAGAGAAUCUCAUAAGAACAAUUGAUGAAUUUGGAAAUUGUAUACGUCGUAAUAUGACCUAUUUCAAUGAGAUUAUAAUCAUGAAACAGCAUGAGUUAAUAGAAUCACGUCAAAUAGAACGUGCAUGGGAUUGCAUUACAGCUGCCAAAGAGGUAACAGAGAUACUAUUUGAAGCUACCCGUAAAUUAGAAACCCAAUAUCCUAUACCAGCACGAUUUUCCCAGUAUUAUGCUCCAAUGGAAGAUUUAAAAGAAUGCGAAUAUUUCAAGAACAAUGUCACCGAUUACAGUCCUAAGCACAUAAAAGAUUUUCAUAAUAUCUUCGCCUACGUACAAUCCCAGUUCCUUUUACGUUUAGCCUUAACCAUAUCGACGAAACCAUCCUUGAGUCAACUUCAUACAGAAUUAGAAAAAAUCGACUGCCUUAUACGACAGCUAGUUCUCGAAGAAGAAAAUCACUUUAAAAAUCUAGCCAUCGAACUGAACAAAAAGAAAUCUUUAGAAUUGGAAGCAUUAAAUGCCAAUAAAUUAGUUAAAACACGUAAUGAUCCCAUAGGUGUGCUACAGGAUUCAUCGCUUAAACUGAGUGCCUGUAUGGUGGCGAUGGCUGGUGAAUGUCAAGCCUUAGAUAUCACUUUACAACGCCUUACCGAAACAGAAAAUGAAAAGAAAGACAAUACUAAACAAUUGGUGGAAGUGGCCAAUAAUAUGCGUUCCAUUGAAAAUGCCUUAACGGUGUGUUUCGAUGACUUCCAAAGGCUAAUGUUGGUAUAUAAUAAGUUUCUUAAUAGUAAACUAGAUUUAAAAGAUACACAUAGUGAAAAAAGUGAAAAUAAAUCUCAAGCUACUGAUGAUGAGUUUCCAGAAAGCUUUCUAAGGGUUGAAAUCUCUCAAAAUCCUAAUGACAUGGAGAAACGAGACGAUUUCUAUGCUUACAUGUUCGAUGAACAGCAAGCUAAAGCCGAAAGGGAACAAUUAGAGAAGGAGGAACGUGAGCGACACAAUGAAGAGUUGGAAAUUUUAAAUUUUGAAAAACGCAUCACUAAAGGAAAAUUCCGACCUGUACUUAAGCAGCUAAAAGAUCGUAUUGAUCCCAUAAGACAAGUGAUGCUUGAAAAAGAACGUGAAGUUCUAGCCUCUAAGGGUAUAAAUGUUGAUGAAUUAUUUGCAAAAGAAGUUGAUGAAGACGAAGAAGAUGAUGAUGCGGAUAAGGAACACGACAGUUCGAUUGUAUUUAAGGAGGCCUUUGAUGACAGCGAUGAUAGUGAGGGUAGUGCUGAUUUGGAAUAUGAAAGGCGAACUAAAAAACUUAAAGAACGUGAUAAUUUUGCUGAAAUGCGCAACUUUUUGGCACAAAAACAAAACAUCAAUUUAUUUAAAUUGGAAGCACCGCCAGCAGCUUCAAAUGCUUUGGGUGAUGAGGAUAUUCUGGAGAGUGAAUGUUAAAAAGUGGUCUGUUAUUGUUAUUUUUAUCAUAAAGACCUUAUUUCCUUUUUUUCUUUUGGUAAAAAGUACAUAUUAUUUAAAUAAUUUUUUUAUUAAGAACAAGUAAUUUGUACAAUAAAGUGAUACAUUUUAGAAGUUUAGUCCAGUUUAAUAAAAUUAUUCUGGUAAAUUUUCUAAAAUUUGUUUAUAAUUUUGUAUCGAAUUUUUGAUACUAUUAAAAAAAUUGAAAGUGUUUUAUUUUAUAGCAUAAUAUUUAUAUUAACUGUAAAAAUUGCUUAAUUAAUUGUUCCACAAUUUUGCCUAAACUAUUGUACUAAUGCAUUUUAUUUAUAUGUUUUUUGUACAUUAAAUAUUAAAAUAUUUAUUUCAAUAAAAUAAACCAGCAAUUCAUUGGUAAUUUGCACAAAUAAACAUUUUAAAAUGAAAACUCUUAUUUUUAAAAGAAAAUGCAAAAGGAAAAUUUUAAAAGAAACUUAUUUAAUAAGAAGCUUCAUAGAAUUUUGUUAAUAAAAGUACAUAGUAUGUAAAACUUUAGUUUAUUUAUCAAACAUAAACUUGAUAUGUAACUUUCAAUUAAUUUUUAUCUUAACUACUGAUAAGAUUAAUAUUUUAUCUAGACGUGUUAUAAUUAAUAGAGAAUGAAAUACGUAAAAGAAUAAUACAUUACUUUUAUCGGACUGUUAACACUCUAUUUACGGCUCAAUUUUGUAUGACAAACUUACAGUAACCACAUCAUUUUUGCAACGCAACUGAAGUGGCAACUAAUCGGCCAUUUAGUAUUUAUUUGUUAAUUAUUUAAUAAUUUACUUUUUAACCCUAAAUAUUCAGUUUGAAAAUAAUUAAAAAUCUACAUUUA